UCACUUUCAUCCCUUAUUUACCAACCAACCAACUAAUAAUCAUUGUACCAAAUCAUGUAAAACAUUGCAACGCCAAACACGAAUCGCACACUUGACUUGUUAAAUAAGUCGGCGACGGAGGUUCUUUAAUGUUUAAUCCAUGUUCCAGAAUUUAACAGCCAUUAAACGAUUCAACGAUUUAUUUAUUUACCUCCUGCUUCGCGUAUUUUUAGUGGUAUUUUACCAUUUGCGGCAUUGUUUUGGCAGGUAAAACAUAUCAAUCAACUCGGUCGGCUCUUGAAAUUAGGUUGAAUAAUAACCUGUAUAUAAACACAGCAGAGGGGAAUUUUGUCGUGUUGUGUUGUAAAUAACCUAAUUAUGUGUGUAUAAACCUUCCAAAUAGAACUGUGUAUCACAUAUUUUUGAAAUUGUGUCUCAUCAGUUCCUUCCUGCUGCAUUUUUGGCAUUGGAUUUUGGAAUUAAGUAAGUCAUGAAGUGAUACUACGGACGAACAGUGACCGCGGAAGCUGUGGGGACAUUUGGGGACAUUGUCAUUAUACGAUGGUGGAGGGAGGGGUUUGUAUAAGAUAGGCAGAUGAUGGGGACAUCGGACAACUGUGGGGACAUUGUCCUGUCCCCACGAUUCCGCGGCCACUGUAUGUACGUACAAUACUGCUGCUACAUAUUUACAAUGAACGACGGACGGAUACACGAUAAGACUAGGAUUAUUAAAUUUCCUUUGCAGAGAGGUUGCUAAUUUCAGUUAGUAAUAAGUGCUUAAUCGACAUGGCCUUGAGUAAUUAGCGGAAAGGAAAUGACUGCAGUCAAAUAUUGCGUUUUGUAUAUGGCGUCAUCAUUCAUCACGGGAUUCUACUUACAAUACAAUACAAUCCUACCGCAAUGCAUGGCUCACCUGUAUUAUUUUGUAUAUUUGCAUUUAUGGAAUAUAAUUAUUUCGCAAUUUUAUCACAUGACACAUUACUGCCGAGAUGGGACAUGCAUUUGUCAAAUUGGGAAAAAUUAUAGCAUUGUAAUAUUUAUGAAAUGACAAAGACUGGAAUGCAGCGUGUUUUUUGGCGUGCUGUUUAUGGACAUAAAUGACUGUGAUGAUUGUGAUAGAUAUGGAAUGACUAUAAAGGGACAUCCCUGCAAUUCCUUUUAAAUAUUGAAGAGACAAAAAUUGUUUGUUUUUAAAGAUAUGUCAAAUUACUUAAUGUAAAAGAUAAUUGUGUCAAAUAAAAUUUUUACUUAUUUCAUUUCUUAUUGUGGAAAAUCUAUGUCGCAAAAAUCUUAUUUGAAAUGGCGAACUCUGCCCGAAUUAAGGAUUGAUAUUUUCACAUCGUGUUAUCAGAAUCAACAAUUUAGUGUGCUAGUUUAGCCACGUGUGCUAUUUUUACCACGUGUGCUAAUUUUACCACGUGUGCUAAUUUUACCACGUGUGCUAAUUUUACCACGUGUGCUAAUUUUACCACGUGUGCUAAUUUUACCACGUGUGCUAAUUUUACCACGUGUGCUAUUCUAACCUAACCACGUGGUCUACUUUAACCGCGUGUGCAACAAAUCAGAUCCGCAGAUGACGAUUUACUUUACUUGUAUUUCUGUGGUCACUACUGACGAUUUUUCGUCGUACCCUUUCCUAUAAGGGAGCUAGCGUUGCUUAGCUACUAAAAAUCCAGCCAUACCAUAAUUCUGCUUCCGCCGGCCAGAAUUUACCUCAAAAUUUCAUCCCAUCAUGUCAGCCAACCUCUCGAAUAAACCACCACGAAUCAUAUGAUGAACAACAUCAUCACUGAAACUGGACCAUUUCCAGAUUCAAACAACAAUAAAGGCGGCGUGAUGCUUCCUUCCUCUGAUGACGACACCCCGGAAGAAAAAUUGGAAACCAAAAAAUCCUUCAUCAGCAUCGGACCCUCCGGUUCGGGGGAAGGUCCCAACGAAAUUGAACUUGUCAAGUCUCGCCUCAAAAGCAGUGGGGGUGGGAAGCAGGUCGAAUUUGCACCCCCUCCCGUCGCGACCCCGUCUCUCUCGCAGGAAAAGAUUCGCCGGAGUGGGUCCAUGUUUGUCCGAAUUUCGGACACAACUGUGGACCAGGAAAGGAUGGAUGAGUUCGAGAAACUGGAGGCAGAUGAAAAAAUUAGCGGGUUGCCCCCGCCCGACAUUAAAUUCAAGAAGGAUGACCUUGACCUCGGUCACGCAGUGGAGGAGGUCGAAAGAUCAUCACCAAUACCCCCACAAGUUGAAAAACCUCAAUUCAUACCACCACCACCAACUGGACCUGCUCCUUCUCUACCUACUACUACCACGGCUACUCGGAAGACGCGAAAUAACGACGCCCCCAAAAAAGAGGGUCCAACUAAUACGCCUAAAAAUUCUGCUCCGAACCCACCUCGUCCCAAGAGUGCGACUCGUUCAAGACAUUUGUUAACUGUAGAAGUGCUGGGACGGAAAGUUGCUCCAGUGCGGGACAAAUCCCCCUACGCGUGCAAAAUAAUUGAAAUCCCGGACCAGCAACAAGCCAAAUUUAGGACCAACAAGAAAGUCUGGGUGUGUCAAAAGGAUCACAAAUUACUUGAAGAUCAGCUCCAAGGACAUGAAAAGCAGAAAACAGAGGACAACGACAACGGCGCUGGUCAGGUCGAAAUUGUAAAUUGGCUUGUUGCUGAUCCACUCGAAAAUAAGGAUAAUUUGAUGACUGAAUCCAUGCCGUUAGCCGCGUGGCCUAAUUUCCACACAAAUUCGCAGAAAAGUACAGAGACUCAAACAUCUAAUUCUGCUCCUACUUCUGAUCUCGAAUCAACUUCUUCUAAAUCACAUUUGACACUGCCCUUUUCUCAAAUCCUUUCCGUCGACUUGACGCCCACGCCGGGAGGCACGUCAACUUUUGAGGCUAAUUCAAUCGUCCAAGUUGCUGAUUAUGCUCUCCUCGCCGAAAUGGCGGACAAGGUUGAGGCCGGAAUUUUUAGGGCGAGUGAGACCUGCAGCGUGUUGAUCAAUAUGGUGUUCAAGGAUUCGCUGGGAAAUCCAGCGUCUCUCGAGCGUGUCAUGGAAUCGCAGGAUUUUAAUGAUUUUCUCAAAUCGCCGAAUGAGAUUACCGCCUUGGAGAGAGGGGCCGUCGUGCUGGGGGCGUGUGGUCGGGUUAUCAAGGAAUAUUUGGAGGCGGUUAAGGCUUCUUCUGCAAGAAACGGAGAGGCGGAAUCGAACACUAAUUUUGCGAGGAGAAGUAGCGAAAUUGUUAGUGUGACGGGGGCCAAGAAAAAAAAUGUUACGUUGGCAGCUCUGCAGAAAAAGUACACCUCUUCCGACGCUACAAUCUGGUCCUUUGUGCCACCCCUGUCCCCCGACAAGUUUCAACUCGCCCUCUUCUUAAACCCCGAGACGGGCGAAGUCAUGCAAACGGUGACUUGUCAAGAGCACAUUUUCCGCACGAGGUACACCACGUCUCCGUUGGAAUCGCAAAUUCGCAACUUGAUCUCCUCCAGUCGGGAACAAGUUGGCCUUCCAGCCUUCGUAAAACCUGAAUACCUUCUCGACACCAUUGUCCGCUGUUCAUCCUGUGCAGUGGCUCGCCUCACAAAGGCCAACACGCUGCUGGCCCAGUGCAACGCAAAACUGACCGAGUAUUUGCAAGCCAUAGCGAAACCAAAGUUUGCCGUGAGCAUGGCGAAACUCGGCAAAUUGGAUGGAAUCCGGAGAAACAUACAGCAGCUCAAUAUCACUGCGGGAAUCGUGUACCAAAUGUCGAUGGAGAUGAGCAAUGCGUGCAAAAGUGUGCAAAAUGGGGUAUGGAAUUCCAUGUAUGUCCAGGAUGUGCUAAGAUUUCCCAGGAUUCCUGGAUUUCCUAAUCCGAAGAGUAAUAGAGAAUGUCAGAUCCCGGCUUUUGUAAAGAUUCCGGUACAGGAAGCGAUGAAACAGCUUAAGGAAGGCUUGCAGAGCAUCGACUACGCCGUGCGACUGGGUCAAUUCUCCCUCGAGACGCUCCGAUUCGGCGUAAAACUGGAGAAAGAGCACAAAAAGCUGGUCAAAGAUUACUUGGAAGGCGUCCGAACGCUGGGGAGUGAGAAUGACGUGGACUACGGCUCUCUCCUAAUGACGAUCCUGUGCAGCACGGAAAUGUUGCUGCAUUUCGAAGACGUGAUGCCAUCCGUGGACAAAUUCGUCCGAUCCGCAAUUUUGACCCAUCUCGGGAAAAUUAACUGGGGAACGGCAGAAGUGCUGGGAAUUGUGAAACGGAUGGAGACCGAUGCUCAUAUUUUAUCCAUGAGAACUACCUUCAAACUGAGAGAACUCAAGAAUCGGUACAGGCAAGAGUAUGGGGGCAACAUUUAGGUUUUUUUAAGAGAUAUUAAAUUCUAUCCAAAAUUCAGAAAGCUUACGCUAAAAAAAUCAUUUUGUAAAUAAAGUAUGUAGUUUGAGAUAAUAAAGAAAGUAUGUCAUAAUUAAAAAAAAGU